AUGGGCCCCAAGAAGAAGGCCAAGGCCAAGGGUGGAAAGAAGGAGCGGCGGGAUGUGGCGCCGGGAGGGGACGUGGAGGCGGCCUCCAUCGAGGAACUCAACCAGAAGAUCGCGACACUGGAGAAGGAGAAGAACAAGGAGGAGGAGUACAGGAACUACAUGCAGCUGGAGCGGGACAAAAUUAAUGCUUUCUGGGAAAUUACAAAAAAGGAGUUGGAAGAAAAGAAAGCCGAGCUGCGCAACAAAGACAGAGAAAUUGAGGAGAUGGAAGAGCGGCAGCAGGUCGAAAUUAAGGUCUACAAGCAAAAAGUUAAACAUCUGCUGUACGAGCACCAGAACGGCAUCGCUGCACUGAAGGCAGACUCGGAGCAGGCGCCGAAACUACAGCAAGACGAUUUCCGGAAUCGAAGAGCAGAGCUUGAAGGUGACAAGAGGUUACUGAAAAUGGAUGGUAGAGAGCAGGAACUGUCACACGAAGAACUGGUACGCCAAAUGAAGUUGGAGCAAACCAAAGAGAUCACGAAGCUUCGGCAGGAGUUUGAGCUUCAAGCGAGGGAGCUCCAGUUGAAGUACGAGAAGAAGAUGAAGCUGCUUCGUGACGAUUUAGACCUGCGCCGCAAGCAAGAGAUUCACGAAAUAGAGGAGAGAAAGAAUACUCACAUCAACGACCUCAUGAAAAAGCACGACAAGGCCUUCGCCGAGAUAAAGAACUACUACAACGACAUCACGCACAACAAUCUCGACCUCAUCAAGACCCUGAAGGAGGACGUGACGGAAAUGAAAAAGAAGGAGACGCAGAACGAGAAGCUGAUGUACGAGAUCGCCCAUGAGAACAAACGCCUGUCGGACCCACUGACAAGAGCGCUGAAGGAGGUCGAGAGUCUCAGGCAGCAGCUCGCGAACUACGAAAAGGACAAGGCGUCUCUGCAACACACCAAGGCCCGCCUCUGCAACACGGAGAAGCAAUUCAAAAACCUGGAAUGGGAGAGCGAGGUCAUGCGGCAGCGAUUUGAGGAGGUUCAGAGGGAGAGGGAUUCCCUGUACGAGAAGUUCGAAUCGUCAAUAUACACGAUGCAGCAGAAGGCGGGAAUGAAGAGCAUUAUUUUAGAGAAGAAAGUUGAGGGAAUGACGGAAGAAAUCGAAAAGAAGGAGGCGCAAAUCGGGGAAAUCAUCGUGUCAUCGAACAUGAACCCCGCUUCCGUCCAGCAGAUCAACAACAAGCUAGAGGAGGUACUCAACAGCAAGAACCGCAUCAUCAAAGCGCUCCAGUACGACGUUGCGAAGGUCUCAAAGGCGCACAAUGACCUCAUCUGCGUGUAUGAGGCCAAACUAGCAGAAUUCGGUAUCCCACCGGAAGAGCUGGGCUUCAGGCCGUUGAUGACCAACACUACAACAGCCCCGGCGGGGCUGGUUGCCGGCUCAUGA